CGGUCUGCGCUGUGUUUGGGAAAGGAGCGCGGGAGCUGCACCGCCGUGGGUCAGGUCGGCCGGGCCGCGGGCUUUCGGCGCGAUCUCUGGCUCCCACCGCUCGGGGGGCCUCCGCCCGUGGUGUCCCGCGAGCGUGCGGGCUAGGAGAGAAGGGAAGAGGGAUCCCCCGCGCCGUGUAGCCGCUUUGAGUGCCAACUGCGAGGUGUGGGUUCCGGGUUGAGAAACGAUGACGGAGGUUCUGGAUCUCCACGGACAGGACUCUGAUGGGGAGAGUGAGGAGAUGGUCCUAACUCCUGCAGAGCUCAUUGAAAAGCUGGAGCAGGCCUGGAUGAAUGAAAAGUUUGCCCCCGAGCUCCUGGAAAGCAAGGCUGAGAUUGUCGAAUGCGUCAUGGAACAGCUCGAGCACAUGGAAGAAAAUCUCCGAAGAGCCAAGAAGGGGGAUCUGAAGGUCAGUAUCCAUCGGAUGGAGAUGGAGAGGAUCCGCUAUGUCCUUAGCAGCUAUUUGCGGUGUCGACUCAUGAAGAUAGAGAAGUUUUUCCCUCACAUCCUAGAAAAGGAGAAAGUGCGCCCUGAGGGGGAGCCUUCCAGCCUGUCUCCGGAGGAGUUUGUCUUUGCCAAAGAGUAUAUGGAGCACACAGAGGCCCAUUUUAAAAACGUCGCCUUAAAGCACAUGCCUCCCAACCUGCAGAAGGUGGACCUCCUGAGGGCAGUUCCCAAACCAGACCUAGAUUCCUACGUGUUUCUGCGAGUGAAAGAACGACAAGAAAACAUACUAGUAGAGCCAGAAGCCGAUGAACAGAGAGACUAUGUGAUUGACUUGGAGGAAGGCUCACAGCACUUGAUCCGCUAUAAAACCAUUGCACCUCUUGUUGCCUCUGGAGCAGUUCAGCUAAUAUAAAACAAAGCAAGCCUGAGGGCAUGGAGUCAUCACAGACAAUACUAGAAACGCCAUCUCCUUUUGUGCCUGAUAGUGAAGUCAUGUUCCAUACAGUUGGUCAGCAAUGUGUGGACCACUUGGCCAUGGAAAGGCUUCAAUGCACACCCUUCUCCGAAAUUCCUGUUUAACCAGCACCAACAGAUGGGGCCCGUGCUCUGUAUACUCAGAAAUAAACCAACUGUCAGGUGUGUGCCUUUUA